ACUCUACGGAAUCCCAUCUGAUCUGACCAAUAAAAAGCCGCAAAAAAUACAACAAAAGAAGAAGGAGAAGCUUUUCAAGCUUUUGCCUCCAUUUUCCCCAGAAACUUCGCGGUGGGCAUCCCUAGCAUGCGCCAUGCAGCGCCUUAGAAGCUCAGGGACCGUACUUUCGCGCUCGCAAGCCAUAACCCAGUUGAGGAAGAAAGCUUUCAGAUCAUGGGCUGCCGUCCAGGACACUUAUUUUUCCACAAAGGAUAUAUUUGAAAGCCAUAAGGUGGUAUUUACAGUUGGAACUUCCAUUGCAUCAGUCGCCACCGCAUGGUUUGGCUAUACUCUACGCCACGUACAUGUAUCAAGAGUUGAUCAAAGGCUCGAAUCAAUUGAAAAAGCUAUGAAAAACAAUCAUAAUCUAGAACAGUCAGAAAUUAGAAACAUCAUGGAUUCUGGAACUAUAGGUCUUCCUUCAUGCAUAGCCACUGCAGGAACCACUUUAGUUAUCGGCUAUGCUUUGGGUUGGCGAGGUGGAAGGUGGUAUGCAAAUAGGAAGUUCAGAAGGGAGCAGAUGAAAUUGCUAGGGCAAAUUAAACCGAAAAGGUGGCCACUGCUUAGGCGGAUAGAACCUAAAGUGACAACACAAGAUGGAUACAUUCUCAGUAUGCAGAGAAUUCCAGCAGGGAAGUCAGGGGAGGCGUCGGGGAAUGGGGUACCAGUACUUCUGCAACACGGUCUUCUGAUGGAUGGGAUAACAUGGCUGCUGUUACCUCCAGGCCAAUCUUUGGCAUUCCUCUUAGCUGACAACGGGUAUGAGGUGUGGAUUGGGAACACCCGCGGAACCAAGUACAGCCUCGGACACACAUCACUCAGUCCUGAUGAUCGGGCUUAUUGGGAAUGGUCGUGGGAUGAACUCGUCGCUUAUGAUCUCCCAGCUACUUUCCAGUAUGUGCGCGAUCAAACCGGACAGAAAAUUCACUAUGUUGGACAUUCGCUGGGAACAUUGGUUGCUUUUGCUGCAUUUUCCAAAGACAUGCAGCUGAAGAACUUGAGAUCAGCCGCCCUACUUAGCCCGAUUGCUUACCUUGGUCAGAUGCCCUCACCCCUUGCAAGAACAGCUGCUGAAAAUUAUGUUGCUGAGGCACUAUACGAUGCAGAUUUUAGACAAUUUGAUCCAAAAGGGAAGGCCGCAGUCGAAUUUCUGAAGGCUGUCUGCCAGGAACCAGGCGUUGACUGCACCCAUUUAUUGACAGCGUUCACCGGGAAAAAUUGCUGCUUAAAUUCUUCCAUAGUAGAUGUUUUUCUAGAUCAUGAGCCCCAGUCAACUUCAACUAAAAACUUGGUCCAUAUAUCCCAGAUGAUAAGAGACGGAAUGAUUGCAAUGUUUGACUACAAGGACGGGAAUAUGCAGCACUACGGGCAGCCUACUCCUCCAGUGUACAAUAUGACAAGCAUUCCAGAUGACCUUCCUCUAUUCCUCAGUUACGGAGGAGCAGAUGCCCUCUCCGACGUCAAAGAUGUGAAGCUGCUGAUGAAUAACCUCGAAAAUCAUGACGGAGAUAAGCUUGUGCUUCAGUAUAGAGACGAUUACGCUCAUGCAGAUUUUGUCAUGGGUGAAACUGCUAAGCAAGAUGUGUAUGAUCCUCUCAUGGCUUUCUUUAGACUUCAAUGAGAAUAUUUACUUGUGAAACAAGUAAUGCGAAUUCUCUUAUUCUCUUUUCUUCUCCCUCAGAUCAUAUUUCUCCUUGGUUUUGCCCAACCCAAAGGGCAGCGUUGUAUUUAUCCAUACUAU